UUUUUGACAGUGACAGCCGAAAAUUUUGCAAUAAUUUACGAUAAAAUCCUUUUAAUAAUAUGUUGAAUAGCGGAGCCCCCGGUCGCUUAUUUGGUGCCCUAGAGUCAGUAAUGAAUUAACGGAUCGGACGACGCUAGUUAUUAUCGAGUGACAACGGUGUUAUCACUUGCUUACCAUGUGGUAAUAAAGGACGUUAUUAGUUAUUUACAAAAAUUUUUGAUUCUAUAUGAAGACUGUUAACCCCUCUUUGAUAAAUUAUUUGAAAGUGAAAGGCGGCCCCGUAAUAAAGUUUGAUCUAAUUUCUUUGCUGGCCUCAAGCUGAUCCCCCAUUGAAGAAAGUUUUAUUAGUGUGAAGCUGACCUAUUCAGAGUUUAGAGGAAAAUGGAACAUCACCAUCACCACCACAUGCCGGAUGCCACCGGGGGUCAUGACAUGGCAGGGGGUCAUCAGAUGGGCUCGACCGAAGCCGCCAUGCCGGACAUGCACCACGGACACCACGACAUGUCUGGACACUCCAUGGCUGGUCAUAGUAUGGACAUGAUGAACAUGUGGUUUCAAUUUUCAACAAAUACCACCGUGCUAUUUGAACAGUGGCAUUUUACGACAGUAGGCGGCCUAAUAGGGUCCAUGAUAGGCAUUUUUAUAAUGGCCGCUCUCUAUGAAGGACUGAAGUACUAUAGGGAAUUUUUAUUUUGGAAAACGUACAACGCCUUACAGUAUAAAGCGGUGUCGUUACCGGAUAAGGCGACGGUACCGGACGAGCCCCAAGUCGUACAUGUGGUUGGAGAGGUUAUUCACAAACAACCGCCGGCGAUACUCAGCAAGAUCCACUUCUACCAAACGUUCCUGCACAUGAUCCAGAUGAUCCUCAGCUAUUUCCUGAUGUUGAUCUUCAUGACGUACAACGUGUGGCUGUGCAUCGCGGUAGUCCUGGGGGCGGGCGUCGGUUACUUCCUCUUCGGUUGGAAAAAAGGUUUGAUCGUUGACGUCACGGAACACUGCCACUGACCUCCCCAUGCCUUUUUUUUUCUUUUUUAAUAUCCUAAGCAGUAAAAUGUAAUGUUAAUUAGGUGUGGCAAAGUAAGAUAAUAAAAAAAUAUAUAGGUAUUGUUACGAGGGAAUCUCUUACAACAACAACAAACUCUUGGACCUUAUUAUUAUUGACUUUUAUGAGGGGAAUUAGAGAAAACCGCUUCUACUUCUUUAUAAUUGAACAAAUAAGGCUAAAAUGAAAUUCAUUCCAUAUAAUGGGGGUACCAAAUAAAGACAAUGACGCCUCGGAAUAUAAUUAUACAGGGUGUACCGUAAGUGUAGCAGCUGUUCUGCUUCUUCCAUUGACGAAUUCAGUCCAUAUAAGAUUCAAAUUUGCAACAGGGUCUCUUCUAUUUUUUCUUGUUUAAUUAUUAUUUUUUUGUUAGACGACGUACAUUAUAUUGUUCCUAUUAUUUUUUUUUUCGAUAAUAUUUAGGUUUACUUUAUAUGUAAAUUAAAACUUUUAAAAGUUGUUGUAUUGUUUAUAUUGUAUGUAUGUAUGUAAAAAAAAUAUAUGAUAAAUGAAUAAGGCCUC